AUGCCACCACCUCCACACCAACAAUUCUAUCGUCACCACUAUCAUCAUCAUCAUAGUGAAGCUCACAAUCAAGCAUCUUUUCCCGUUCGCCUCUCGCCACAAUUUUUGUUUCUUUUUAAGUUGUCUACGCUUUCUUUCACCUUUUCUCUUUCUUUCUUUCUUUCUUUCUUUUCUUUCUUUCUUUCUUUCUUAUAUAUUCUUUCUGAUAUGUUCCUUUGUUCUAUCUAUCUAUCUCAGCCUGUUCAUCUAUCUAUCUGUGUGUCUGUUCAUCUAUCUAUCUGUCAUACCAACUCCAUGUUUUAUAUUCGUUUCUUUCUUUCUUUUAUUCGUGUCUUUCUUUCUUUCUUUCUUUUUUCUUUCUUUCUUACAGAAUACACACAGUCGCACUGUUUUCCUCUUUCGGUCGCCGUAACCAACUCCGCCAUUCCCGUCUCAGCCUCGUUCGCUUAUGUCUUAUCUAAUGAUCUCCCUCUCCCACAACCUUUCACUUCCUUCCACGUCUCCUUAAUCCCACCCUCCCAUCACCGACCGCCCCACCCUUCAUCUGCUACCCAACCUCACCCAUUGACAAUUCACCGAAUUUCAUUUGAUUCCGUCGUCUGUUUCAGCUUCAGCAGUCCAUUGAGUUCGCACUUCUAUCUAUCUAUCUAUCUAUCUAUCUAUCUAUGUAAUCACUGUUCCCUCUUUGAGCACCUUAUACUCAACAUUUCUUUUCUGCCCGUCGGCAUGUAUUAUGAUGACAACAAAAAAGUCGGCUUUGCUUCACUGAUAACAACGGAUUUGCUCGCAAAGAUUAUAGCGUGUCAUCAUUAUUUAUCUGUGGGUGUCAUCCACGCUGUAAAAGCGUCGUCACUUCCCAAUCGAUAUUAG